AAAACAAAAAAAAACUCAAAACCCUUCCAAGAAAGUGGAAAGGAAAUUCAGCUGAAGCUGGUGGUGCUGAUUGAUUUUUACAUAAUAAUUGUGAGACAACGAAAAACGAGUGCUUCGUUCGCAAAAGACACAAUAUGAAUCUCAUAACCACCGCUGCACUGGUGGUGCUGAUGGCUAUAGCGGCCACCAACGCCGACGAAUGGAACUGGUUGAACAGCGGAGAGGCCUUUAUGGAAGAUCUGAUCCGCGAGAAACGCCAGGAAGGCAGCCAAAACGUGACAGAAGUCGCUGACGAUGACAUCAUAAACUACAUCCUCGACAGUGGACGUCAGGGUCGAAGCCUUGAAGGUUUUGACGAAAUCUAUACCGACCCAUCGGUUAUGCAAGCCAUUCAAAACUCCGAUGACGUUGAAGCCCGGAACAUUAUCAAAGAAAAACUCUGCGCCCUUGGGUUGAUGCAGUGUGACGGAGAACUCGUCGACGGUAGACGUCCGUACCUGAACCCUCAGAACCUUAUCUACGCUCAACCCGUGGCUCUGAAACCAGUCGGUCGCCCCAUCGCCACCAUCCCAAUCCGUGGCCCACCCGGUCCCCCUUCCCAAGGUCCACAAUAUGUCCCAAGACCACCCCAGCAGAAACCUCACCAAGGUCCAUACGGACCACCACAACCCAUGCCACUUCCUAACCGUCCUCAGCAAAAGGUUGGCUUCUCCUCCCAGCAGCCACCUUACGGCGGACCCAAUUCCUUCCAAGGUAGUUCCUCGUUCAGUGGUUCCUAUUCCGGCCAAUCCGGUUCCUUUUCAUCCUACCCCUCCAAACCCUUAGGUCCCAUCUACGAAGGCGGUGGCAUACCGUACGAAUUUGAAAAUCCCAACAAACCACCAGGCGUCAUCAUCGGUGACGGACCCUCUUUAGUGAAAUCUCCCAUUGAGCAGCACAUCCACCACCACUACCAUCACAUCGAGGGAGGAAACAGCGAAAAGACUAUCGUGACCAAUCCUAUUCCACUGUCAACGGACGUAAUCACCGGAUCGGUUGUCGGUGGAAGCUCUUCGUCUAGCAACAAUCUAUAUUCAUCCAGCGCCGAGUACGGAAACUCCGGUAGCUUUAGCUCUGGUGGAUUCAACCCACUUGGUGGCAAGGACUUCGACUACCAGGAGCUGAAAGGUUCUGCAAACAGCAACAACAACAACAACAACGGAUACGGACAACAGCUCGGAAGCUACGCCUCGCAAUCCAAGCCUACCGGUGGAUCCAAUAACUACUACAGUCAAGGCCCAGCCACAUUUGGAAGCUCAGAAAACACCGUCUACGGUUCGUACACUACCGACAAUGCUGGCAGCGGUAGCAACAUCAACAACAACAACAAGUACAAUGGACUGAGCAGCAGCAACUAUCAAUCCAGCCAGGGAGCCUUCCACGCAUCCAACCCGAAUCUCUACAAAAAGGAACUGAACGUCAAAGGACCCGCCAACGGACUGAAUAGCUACAGCGGAGACUACAACAAGUACAGCCAACAGUCCAACGGACAGUACAGUAGCAACAAUGGUCAGUUCAACCAGAAUCUGUACUCCAUCAACAACGGUCAGUUCAACAACGCAAACCAAGGUCAAUUCAACAACGGAAACCGAGGUCAGUACAGUGGAAACAACGCGCUCAGCAACCGCAACGAGGAUUGUGUAUGCGUUCCAUACGACCAAUGCCCAGCCCAGGACGUUGUCGGUCGUCGUGAUGAUCUCAUCCUGCCUCUGGAUCCCCGAAACCUCAAAACCGAUAUCCAAGCCGACACCGAACAGGUUGUGAUCACCGACAGCAAGGGAGUUAUGACCAUCGUCCAAGCGCCAAAGAACAUAACCGCUGAAUCCCGAUCCGCCAACGUUACCGAGCCAGCCAAGAAGAUUACCAAGCGAGAAGCCUCUCCCGCUGCAGCUACCAAAAAGUCCGACAACAAUGAUGACAAAGCUAACAUCGAACCGCGUUUGGGAGGUGGCCACGGUGGUGAUGGAGGUGGAAAGAAAGUUGUUCCUACCUUUGGGGUGUCCUUUGGUCUACCGUACCCUUCUUACCCACUGAACCCAUACGGGCCUAACCCUGCCGGGAACCCGUACUUUGGUUCCAUCGGUGCGAACGGUCUCAAUCUCGGGUUGGUCAAUGUAAAUCCUUUAUUUUCCCUUCAAGUCACCAAGGAUGAGUAUGGCGAUAAGGUUGUGAAACCUCUCGUCAACCUCCAUUUGACUCCCACUGCAAAUGUUGUACAGAAAGUUGGGCAUCUAUUGGCCGCUAAAAAGCAAAACAUCUUGCACGUUUUCAAUCAGCACGAUCACGUUCACAACCACUUUGGUUACCCUUCACCACCGCCAAUCUAUCGUCCUCCGCAUGGACCGCCUCUCAUCCAUGGUCCACCGCAAUCCUUCGGCCCAAUUGGACCAGAGCUUAUCUAUACGAAGCCUCCUGGACCUAUCCACACUCCUGGUCCGUACUACCCUGGUCCAUCUGGUCCUAUUAUAAACCGACCACCAGGACCUUCUUUCAUUCCUAGCGGCCCUCCACGCCCACCACCAUUCUAUGGAAAUCAACCUCCAUUCUAUGGAAAUAAACCUCCAUUCUACGGACCACGACCUCCAUACUACCGUGACGCAGCAUCCUCAUCCGACGUUGAACUAGACUACAAUCCCAGCGACAUCGGUAGAGCUGCAAACGUUUCCUUCCCUCAGUCCCAAACUCCGAUCGGUAACUUCCAGUACCAGUCGGUCUAUCCCCAAAACCAACCCGACUCCCUCAAUCAGAACAGAGUACAUUACGGUAGACAGUAUCAGAACUAUCAAGAUAGUAACUUAAGACUUCCACCUACUCAGAAUAUUCCGACACCGCCACCGGGACAUUCCGAAGGUAGUAACAUCGUUAGCUUCCCACGUAGUCGCCGAUCCACCGACGUUCCGGCUCCGGACCAACUGGAACCAGUCAAGGAAAUUACGGACUCUCUGGCAGUGCCCAGUGAACAGGUUGAGGUACAGGAAAAAUCUAUUUCAGCUGAGAAGCGUCAAGCAUACUAUGGAGCUCGUCCACAGCAGUGCCCAUCGCGUAACGUUUGCUGCCGUCGUCCAGUUAACCGCCCCCCACAGCCACCUACUCACGCAAACCUUGGAAAGUGCGGCGUUCGCAACGCCCAGGGCAUCAACGGUCGCAUCAAGAAUCCAGUCUAUGUCGAUGGUGACAGUGAAUUCGGCGAAUAUCCAUGGCAGGUCGCUAUCCUGAAGAAGGACCCCAAGGAAUCGGUUUACGUCUGCGGUGGUACCCUGAUUGAUAAUCAGUACAUCAUCACGGCUGCUCACUGUGUCAAAACUUACAGCGGAUUCGAUCUCCGCGUGCGCCUCGGCGAAUGGGAUGUGAACCACGACGUUGAAUUCUACCCAUACAUCGAACGGGACGUCAUCUCCGUACAGGUUCACCCCGAGUACUAUGCCGGAACGCUGGACAACGAUCUGGCCAUUCUGAAGAUGGAUCGCCCCGCGGACCUCUCCAACGCUCCGCACAUUUCGCCAGCCUGUCUGCCGGACAAAUUCACUGACUUCUCUGGACAACGCUGCUGGACGACCGGUUGGGGUAAGGAUGCCUUCGGUGACUACGGCAAAUACCAGAACAUCCUCAAGGAAGUCGACGUUCCGAUCAUCAACCAUCAGCAGUGCCAGAACCAGCUUCGUCAGACCCGUCUUGGCUACAGCUACAACUUGAAUCCAGGUUUCGUCUGUGCUGGUGGUGAGGAAGGCAAGGAUGCCUGCAAGGGUGAUGGCGGUGGUCCACUGGUUUGCGAACGUAACGGAAGCUGGCAGGUCGUCGGAAUUGUAUCCUGGGGUAUUGGCUGCGGUAAGGCUAACGUGCCCGGAGUCUACGUCAAGGUUGCUCACUAUCUAGACUGGAUCAACCAGGUUCGGGGACGAUUUUAAAGACCCGGAACCUUCUAGUAUUGGAUGUAGUAUUUAUUGAUGACUCAUAUUUAUUGUGUAAAACGAAAGCUAGCGAGAACUUAACCAGUGAUACUCGAGAGUCAAGAGAUGAUGAAGAUUUUUGUGUAGAUAGAUGAAAAAAGUGUAUAAACUUCAGCAACGGUCACGUUGACGAACGCAACUAGUAUGAACGACUGCUGGAGGUAAAGUGUACGAUGCUAUAUGACAGCAUUUCUCCUUAGAUGACCCAAGUUUUGUAUGUAGUUUCCGUAGAGAUGUAAAAUUAGGAUUCUAAGUGAUGAAUAAAUUAUUGUAUUUAUUCCUUAACAAA